AUGACUGUGAUCAAAUCUCUGUUGUAUAUGAGGGUCAUACCCCUGCUACACUGGCUUGGAGUGUUUCUGUUUUUUACAGGACACACUCAGGCGGAGAACCUUCAAUAUCACAGUCCCCCAGAAGUGGUAAUUCCCUUGAAGAUAACUGGCACUGGCAGAGGCAUGAAGCCUCCAGGUCGGCUGUCUUACAGCUUGCAUUUAGGGGGUCAGAGACACGUUUUCCACAUGAAGGUCAAGAAACAUCUGCUGUCCAGACACCUCCCAGUGUUCACCUACUCAGAAGAGGGUGCUCUCCUGAAGGACCAACCUUUUGUCCAGAACGACUGCUACUAUCAUGGUUAUGUGGAGGGGGACCCAGAAUCCCUUGUUGCCCUCAGUACCUGUUUUGGUGGCUUUCGAGGAUUAUUACAGAUAAAUAAUGUUGUUUAUGAAAUUAAGCCCAUGAUUUUUUCUACCAAAUUUGAACACCUGGUGUAUAAAAUGGAGAAUGAGACAGAAUUUCCACCCAAGAGAUGUGGAUUGACAGAUGAAGAAAUAGCACGACAACUGAAAUUUCUUCAAGAGAGUGUUAAUUAUACUUUGAAGCAAAGUGGGUAUGUUGGCUGGUGGACUCACAGGCGUUUCCUUGAACUGGCAGUGUUGGUAGACCAUGGUCGGUAUCUUCAUCACCAAAGUAAUACCUCAAGUGUGCAGUUGGAAGUAUGCAUGGUUGUCAAUGGAAUAGAUACAUUUUUACAAUCACUGGAUGUUAAUGUGGCUUUGAUUGGAAUCGAAGUCUGGUCUAAAGACAACCUCCUUCCAUCAACAAACAUAAGUACUCUCUUGAACGAAUUUUGCAUAUGGAAGAGAAAAAGUUUUAAUACCCGCUUACCACAUGAUAUUGCACAUAUUUUCAUAAAAGAAAAUUAUGGCCGCCUUCUUGGCUUAGCCUAUGUUGGAACUGUAUGUAAUCAAUUUUAUAACUGUGGGGUUGAUAGCUUUCUGAAUGACAAAUUGCAAGAGUUUGCAUAUAUUGUAUCACAUGAGAUUGGUCACAAUCUGGGUAUGCGACAUGAUGAUAAAACAUGUAAAUGUGGAGGUAGAUCAUGCAUAAUGUUUCCAAGUAAAGCUGUGGCAACUCGAUUCAGCAACUGCAGUUAUGCUUCAUACUGGGGCGUUGUUGGAAAAGUGAGGUGCAUGCACAUUUCACCAAAUCCAGAGAAUAUCUUCAGGCAGACACGCUGCGGCAACAGUGUGGUUGAAGAAGGAGAAGAGUGUGACUGUGGUUCCGCAUAUAUGUGUGCAAAAGACCCCUGCUGUCAGUUAGACUGCACUCUGAGAGUUGGGGCUACUUGUGCUUUCGGGCUUUGCUGUGAGAACUGCACAUUCAUGCCAUCAGGCUCCAUGUGUAGGAAAGAAGAAAAUGAAUGUGAUCUUCCAGAGUGGUGCAAUGGGACAUCCUAUCAGUGUCCAGGAGAUGUGUACAUGCAAGAUGGGACCUCCUGCACAGGCGGUGGUUACUGCUAUGAAAAGAGAUGCAAUGACCGCAAUGAACAGUGCAGGAAAAUUUUUGGCAAAGAGGCCAAGAAUGCAAAUGAGAAUUGCUACAGGGCAAUGAAUACCCGAGGGGACCGUUUUGGGAACUGUGGUCUGACAGCCAGUUCAUAUGUACAAUGUGGAAUCACAGAUAUUCUGUGUGGGAGGGUUCAGUGUGAGAAUGUGACAGAAAUCCCCUUCCUGAGAGAUCAUUCUACUGUGCACUGGACUCGAAUAAAUGGAGUCAGCUGCUGGGGUACAGACUACCAUCUGGGGAUGACCAUACCUGAUAUUGGUGAAGUGAAAGAUGGUACAGAGUGUGGUGCGAAUCAUAUGUGCAUCGAAAGGAAGUGUACGUCUAUGCCCAGUUUCCAAAGUGGUUGUUCGCCUGAGACGUGCAGUAUGAAUGGAGUCUGCAACAACAGACAUCACUGCCACUGCAACUCCGGGUGGGACCCUCCCCACUGCCAGGUCAAAGGUGCUGGAGGCAGCGUGGACAGUGGCCCUCCGCCAGGCAGAGUGUUCACCUACACAGACAAGGGUGUUCUCCUGGAAGACCAACCUUUUGUCCAGGAUGACUGUUAUUACCGUGGUUAUGUGGAGGGGGACCCAGAGUCUCUGGUUUCCCUCAAUAACUGCUUCGGGGGCUUUCAAGGCAUGUUACAGACAAAUGACAUUGUUUAUGAAAUUGAACCCAAAAGGUUUUCUACUGCAUUUGAGCAUCUAAUAUAUAAGCUAGACGAUGAGGAGACAAAAUUUUCAUACAUUAGAUGUGGGUUAACAGAUGAAGAAAUAGCAGGACAAUUGAAGUUUCAAGAAAGCAUUAAUCCCACUUUGAUGCAAAGUGCAUAUACAGGCUGGUGGACCCACAAGUAUUUUCUUGAAGUUGGAGCGGUCGUAGAUCACUCUCGAUAUCUUUAUCAUAAAAGUAAUGAUACGCUUGUGCAGAAAGAAGUGUUCCUUGUUUUAAAUGGAGUAAGUGACCUUAUGAAAGCACUGGAUCUUGAGGUACUUUUCAAGGGAAUGGAGAUAUGGACUAAAGAAAGCCUUAUUGCAGUAGAAAAUAUUGGAAGUGCCUUGGGUAACUUUUGCAAAUGGAAGCAAAAGGGCUUCCAGAAACGUGUGCCCCAUGAUGUGGCACAUAUUUUUGUAAAAAAGAAUUAUGGUAUCACUCUUGGCUUAGCUUAUGUUGGAACAGUGUGUUCACUUCCUUAUAGCUGUGGAGUUGAGACUCUCCCAGAUAAUAACACUUUUCUUUCAUCGUAUAUUGUGACUCAUGAGAUGGGUCAUAAUUUGGGUAUGGCGCAUGAUGAUCCCAAAAUAUGUAAAUGUGGAACAGCAAAGUGCAUAUUAUUUCCAUAUGUAGCAACAACAACUAAAUUCAGCAACUGUAGCUUUGGUUCUUAUUGGAACCUUGGUAAAAGAAGACAGUGUUUGUUCACAUCACCAGGUCCACAGGCACUCAUCAGGGAGACACGCUGCGGGAACAGUGUGCUUGAAGAAGGAGAAGAGUGUGACUGUGGAUCCUUAAAGAUGUGUAAGUCUGAUCCCUGUUGUCAGUUAAACUGCACUCUAACCAUUGGUGUCAACUGUGCUUUUGGGCUUUGUUGCCUUAACUGCCUCUUCAGGCCAUCAGGCACCAUAUGUAGGAAAGUAGAAAAUGAAUGUGAUCUUCCAGAGUGGUGUAAUGGGACAUCCUAUCAGUGUCCAGGAGAUGUGUACAUGCAGGAUGGGACCUCCUGCACAGGCGGUGGUUACUGCUAUGAAAAGAGAUGCAAUGACCGCAAUGUACAGUGUAGGGAGAUCUUUGGCAAAGAGGCCAAGAAUGCAAACGUGAGUUGCUACAGGGCAAUGAAUACCAGAGGGGACCGUUUUGGUAACUGUGGUAUCACAGCCACCUCAUACAUAAAAUGCAGCAUGUCAGACAGCCUGUGUGGGAGGAUUCAGUGUGAGAAUGUGAAAGAAAUUCCCCUAAUGAAAGAUCAUACUACUCUGCAUUGGACUAAAUUCAAUAAUGACACUUGCUGGGGUACGGACUACCACCUCGGGAUAAGAACACCUGAUAUUGGUGACGUGAAAGAUGGUACAAAGUGUGGUCCCACAGACAUCUGCAUCAGAAGGAAGUGUGUCUCUUUUUCCACUGUUCCCCGUUCCUGCUCACCGCAGCUCUGCUCUUUGAGGGGGGUCUGCAACAACAGACAGCACUGCCACUGCAACUCCGAGUGGGACCCUCCCAACUGCCAGAAGAAAGGCAGAGGGGGCAGUGUGGACAGCGGCCCGCCCCCUGCCCCCAAGACAGAAGAGAAGGUGGAAAAGAGGAGCCCGCUGCCAUAUUUGCUGAUUCCUUUUUUGUUUCCACUACUAUGUCUGCUGUUUUUCCUUUUGUUUUUCAUGAGACCAAAAAAAAAAGUUGAUAAAGCAGAGGAACCUGUUCCACCUAAAAACUGA